GUCUUAUCUGUGCAACCCUGCCCUGAAGAAAAUUUCUAUAUUAUUCAGAACGUUAAGAUUAUUUUGUCAGUUAAUUUAUAAUUAUUUAUUACACGUAUUUAAAUAGAUUGAAGAUAAAAGUUUCUCGUCGUGUAUGCAAACAAUACGACAAAAAUGGCAUCGGGAAAAAUUGACUGGGGAAAAUAUGCCCAAGAUCAGGAAAAAUUAGCGUCACAGGUGACAAAUUUAAGUAUUGAGAAAAGUAGUACAACUUCCAGUGAGACUGACGAAAGCACGGAGCAAAUAUCAGCGGCUGAUAAGUCGUUGUUGCAAAAAAUUAUUCGCAAAGGUCUUGUCGAAACAACACGUGAUAUAGAGAUUCAGAGAAAAGAUCCUUCGUCACCUUUAUACAGUAUAAAAUCCUUCGAAGGCUUGCACUUGAAACCGGAAUUAUUAAAAGGUGUCUAUGCAAUGGGUUUUAACGCACCGUCAAGGAUACAAGAGACUGCUUUGCCGACACUUCUAGCUGAUCCGCCGCAAAACAUGAUCGCACAGUCGCAAUCAGGAACUGGUAAAACUGCUGCAUUUAUUCUCGCAAUGUUAAGCAGGGUAGAUACAUCGAAACCAUACCCUCAAGUGCUGUGUUUAUCUCCUACUUAUGAAUUAGCAGUGCAAACUGGUGAAGUGACAGCGAAAAUGUCGCAAUAUUGCCCUGAGAUUAAAAUAAAAUUCGCAGUUAGAGGAGAAGAAAUACCAAGAGGUUCGAAAAUUGAAGAUCAUAUAAUCAUUGGAACACCGGGAAAAGUUUUGGAUUGGGCGGUGAAAUUUAAGUUUUUCGAUCUCACGAAAAUAAUUGUUUUUGUCUUGGACGAAGCGGACGUUAUGAUCGAUACACAAGGUCAUCAGGAUCAAUGUAUUCGCAUUCAUAAAUUACUUCCAAGAACUUGUCAAAUGAUGUUCUUUUCGGCCACAUACGAGGCGGCAGUUAUGGAUUUUGCCGAAAUUAUUGUGCCGAAUCCUUUAAUAAUUCGACUAUUACGCGAAGAAGAGAGUUUAGAUAAUAUUAAGCAAUAUUAUGUUAAAUGUAAAAAUAUGGAGGAGAAAUAUAUUGCAAUGACGAACAUUUAUGGAAACAUUACAAUCGGCCAGGCCAUUAUUUUCUGUCACACAAGACGAACGGCUGGUUGGCUCGCGGAGAAAAUGUCUAAGGAAGGACACGCUGUCGCUAUUUUAUCUGGUGAACUUACAGUUCAACAGCGAAUCGACGUAUUGGAUCGAUUUAGAAAUGGAAUCGAAAAAGUUUUAAUCACGACGAACGUCUUAGCUCGAGGCAUUGAUGUCGAGCAAGUAACCAUUGUCGUAAAUUUCGAUUUGCCAAUGGAUCAAAGUCGAAAGGCAGAUUGUGAAACAUACUUACAUCGAAUCGGUAGAACCGGUAGAUUUGGAAAAUCGGGUAUUGCCAUCAACUUAAUUGACAGUGAUCAUGCAAUGCUAUUGUGUCGUGAAAUUGAGCAGCACUUUGGCAAAAAGAUUGAACUAUUAGAUACAGAUGAUGUAGAUGAAAUUGAAAAGAUUGGAAGAAAUUAAAAGAAAAUCGUUUACAUUAUUAUUUUUCUUUUUUUUCGCAUUUUUUUUUACAUACAACUUAUGUAAAAGAAAGAAUGAGAAAUUUACUUUUUAAUUUCCACUGAUUAAAAAAGAAACGAAAUUCAAUUAAGAAAAAAGAAACGAAUUCAAAUCUUAAAAAGUAAAUUUCUUUAAUUUAUGUUAACCAACAUUUUUUACUUAAACGAACUUUUCGGUAUGUUUGAUGUUUAAGAAACACGUUCCACUGUACAUUAUACCAAUUUGCGUAAAAUGAACACAAGAGAAGAAAAAAAACCUAUGACUUAAUACUGUAUUUUUAAGACUGUUUAUAAAACUUAAAUAUAAUUUUGCUUUUUGUAUUAGAAAUAACUAAUAUACUUUAUUUUGUUUUAUAAAUAAAAAAAUACGUACAAAUA